UGCCCGCCCGGGCGAGCGACAGCGGGCUCUUUGAUGAAUCACGUGUGUUGAGGCUGUCUUAAAGAGAUAGGCACCUACUUUUCCUCCACCCUAAACACCGCCCUGAGGGCGGAGGCGGCCGUGGUGAUUGCAGCUGCUUAGGGGCAGGGCUUGCCCCAGCGCUGAGUGGUGGCACCGGCGUGGUUGCGUCGGGGUUGCCUGGGAUUGGGGAGCCCCAGGGGCCUGGGAGCAGCGCUUGGCGGGUAACCCUCUCUGUCCGUGGACGCGGGACAUCCGGAGCGCUCCGAGGGGCUUUUGCCCUUGAGGAGACGUGGGGUUCCAGGGCAGCAGGUGACAGGGCCAGAGAAAGAUGGAGCAGCUCGGGGCGGCGGCGGCAGCGUCGGGAGCUGGAGGAGGCGGCGAGGAACCCGGCGUGGGCCGGAGCAACAAGCGGAGCUCGGGGAACCGGGCAGCCAACGAAGAGGAAACGAAAAACAAACCCAAAUUGAACAUACAAAUAAAAACUUUGGCAGAUGAUGUGCGUGAUCGAAUUACAAGUUUCAGAAAGUCUACCAUCAAAAAAGAAAAACCUCUUAUUCAACAUCCUAUUGAUUCUCAAGCGACGAUAAGUGAGCUUCCAGUGGCUCAGCCAUUAUAUGAUGAACGAUCUCUGAAUUUGUCUGAAAAGGAAGUUAUGGACCUCUUUGAGAAAAUGAUGGAGGAUAUGAACCUUAACGAAGAAAAGAAGGCUCCUUUACGAAACAAGGAUUUUACUACCAAGCGCGAGAUGGUUGUCCAGUAUAUUUCUGCUACUGCCAAAUCUAUAGUUGGAAGUAAAGUUACGGGUGGCCUGAAAAACAGCAAGCAUGAAUGCACCUUGUCUUCACAAGAAUAUGUUCAUGAAUUGCGAUCAGGUAUCUCAGAUGAGAAACUUCUCAACUGUCUGGAAUCUCUGAGGGUUUCCUUAACCAGCAAUCCUGUCAGCUGGGUUAACAACUUUGGCCAUGAAGGACUUGGACUUUUACUGGAUGUGCUGGAAAAGAUUCUGGACAAAAAACUGCAAGAAAAUAUUGACAAGAAGAAUCAAUACAAACUCAUUCAGUGCCUGAAAGCGUUUAUGAAUAAUAAGUUUGGACUGCAAAGGAUUCUAGGAGAUGAGAGGAGUGUUUUAUUGUUGGCAAGAGCAGUUGACCCCAAACAGCCCAAUAUGAUGACUGAAAUAGUAAAAAUACUGUCUGCUAUUUGCAUUGUUGGGGAAGAGAACAUUCUAGACAAACUUUUGGGGGCUAUCACUGCUGCAGCUGAGAGAAAUAACAGAGAACGAUUUUCACCAAUUGUGGAAGGAUUGCAAAGCCAUGAAGCCUUGCAUCUCCAGGUGGCCUGCAUGCAGUUCAUAAAUGCACUUGUCACUUCUCCAUAUGAUCUUGAUUUUCGAAUUCAUUUGAGGAAUGAAUUCCUCCGUUCUGGACUAAAAGCAUUGCUCCCAUGUCUUAAAGCAAAAGACAAUGAUGAGCUUGAUAUUCAGUUGAGAGUGUUUGAAGAGAACAAAGAAGAUGAUCUAACUGAAUUAUCCCAUCGACUCAAUGACAUUCGAGCUGAAAUGGACGAUAUGAAUGAAGUCUACCAUCUUCUCUAUAACAUGCUGAAAGACACUGCAGCUGAAAGUUAUUUAUUGUCCAUUCUACAGCACUUUCUGCUUAUCAGAAAUGAUUAUUAUGUCAGGCCACAGUAUUAUAAAAUAAUUGAGGAGUGCGUUUCCCAGAUAGUGCUGCACUGCAGUGGUAUGGACCCGGACUUCAAGUACAGGCAGAGGUUAGACAUUGAUCUCACUCACCUGAUAGAUGCUUGUGUAAAUAAGGCAAAAGUUGAAGAAAGUGAGCAAAAAGCAAUGGAAUUUUCAAAGAAGUUUGAUGAAGAAUUCACAGCUCGACAGGAAGCUCAAGCAGAGCUUCAGAAAAGAGAUGAAAAAAUCAAAGAACUGGAAACAGAAAUCCAGCAACUUAGAGCCCAGGGAGCUUCAUCUGCAACUCCAGGUCCACCUCCCCCACCUCUAUUGCCAGGAGCUGCAUCAUGCCCACCACCUCCUCCUCCUCCACCACCACCACCACUUCCAGGAGUAGUUCCUCCUCCUCCGCCACCCUUACCUGGGAUGCCUGGUGUUCCACCACCACCACCUCCAUUUGGAGGCCCUUGCCUAUCAUCACGCCCUGGAGGAAUUCACUUUUCCCAAUUAGCACCAAUAGAGCUACCGUAUGGAAUGAAGCAGAAAAAACUAUAUAAGCCAGAAGUAGCCAUGAAAAGAAUCAACUGGUCCAAGAUUGAGCCUAAAGAUUUAUCGGAAAACUGUUUCUGGCUAAAAGUAAAAGAAGAAAAGUUUGAGAAUCCAGAUCUCUUUGCAAAAUUGGCCUUGACAUUUGCUUCCCAGACAAAAGGCCCAUGGCAUGGUUUCCAUUCCUCCAUAUUGAGGCUUUAUAAAUUGAAGCUUAAGUUAAUCUUCACUCAAGGCCAAAGGACUAUAGAUCGUCCAGAAGAAACUAAGAGUGGGCCUCCAAAGAGGAAAGUGAAGGAACUGAGAAUUUUGGAUCCCAAAACAGCCCAGAACCUGUCUAUCUUCCUGGGAUCUUAUCGCAUGUCAUAUGAGGAAAUAAAGAACAUUAUUUUGGAGGUUAAUGAACAGUUGCUAAGUGAAGCCCUGAUUCAGAAUCUUGUUAAACAUCUUCCUGAGCAGAAUGUACUCAGAGAACUAGCACAGCUUAAGAAUGAAUAUAAUGAUCUCUGUGAACCGGAGCAGUUUGGUGUUGUGAUGAGCUCAGUGAAAAUGUUACGGCCUCGUCUCACAAGCAUCCUCUUCAAACUCACCUUUGAAGAACAUGUAAACAACAUCAAACCAAGCAUCAUAGCAGUAACUCUUGCAUGUGAAGAACUGAAGAAAAGUGAAAGCUUUAAUAAACUUUUAGAAUUGGUUCUUUUGGUUGGAAACUACAUGAACUCAGGCUCAAGGAAUGCCCAGUCUUUGGGCUUCAAGAUCAACUUCCUUUGUAAGAUCAGAGAUACAAAAUCAGCAGAUCAAAAAACAACCCUUUUGCAUUUUCUUGCUGAAAUCUGUGAAGAAAAACACCGAGAUAUCCUGAAGUUUCCUGAUGAGUUGGAACAUGUGGAAAGUGCAAGCAAAGUUUCAGCUCAAACUCUCAAGAGCAACCUUGCAGCAAUGGAACAAAACAUUCUUCAUCUGGAGCGUGACAUCAAGAAUUUCCCCAAAGCAGAAAGUCACCAUGAUAAGUUUGUGGAAAAGAUGAUGAGCUUUUCAAAGAAUGCCAGAGAGCAAUUUGAGAAACUGUCCACCAUGCACAGCAAUAUGGUGAAGCUCUAUGAGAACCUUGGAGAAUACUUCAUUUUUGACCCAAACACAAUACUCAUAGAAGACUUUUUUGGUGAUCUCAACAACUUCAGAACCCUAUUUUUGGAAGCACUGAAAGAAAACCAUAAGAGAAAAGAAUUCGAAGAGAAGAGCAGGAGGGCAAAACUUGCAAAAGAGAAAGCUGAACAAGAGAAGCAGGAACGCCAGAAGAAGAAGAAGCAGCUCAUUGAUAUAAACAAAGAGGGUGAUGAGACCGGAGUGAUGGAUAAUCUUCUGGAAGCCCUACAGUCAGGUGCAGCAUUCAGAGACCGCAGAAAGCGAAUGCCAAGGAAUCCGGAUAACAGACGGACCCCUCUGGAAAGAUCACGUUCUCGCCACAGUGGAGCCAUGUCAGCCAAGUGAUUCCUGAUGCCAGAGAGAAUGGAGACAUUUAAGAAAACAAAAUCAUCCAUCUUGAGAAGAAUAAAAUAUACACUCAAGGGUUUGAGUGGAAAUAAAUGCAUUUUAACAAAGGUCAAGCUGAGCUGGGUGAAGUAAUGUGUAUUUGUAGGAGUACUGUAAGUACACUAAUCUGAACCCAGCUGUCAUGAUUAGAAAACAUUUGUUCCUCUGUAGUAUAAAGACGCACAUUACUUGUCAUUGUGUGUGAUGGCCUGACUGUGAAGAUGAAAGUAUGAAAAACAAAUCAUAAGGCUUCUACAAACAUUCCAGUCCGUCAAAGAAUUUAAAACUGAAAUUUCUUGGUCAUACUUACCCACUCCACCCCACCCUCCCCUAAAAAACAGGAAGGAAGGAAGGAGAGAAAGAAAGAAAGAAAGGAAGGAAGGAAGGAAGGAAGGAAGGAAGGAAGGAAGGAAGGAAGGGAAAGUGCAAUCAAUGGGAAGAAUUUUCAGUCUCUACUUCUAGCUCUUCUUAUGUAUAUAGUGUAAAGUCCAAGAGAAUGGGUGUGUUAAUGAUUGACAAGGUACACAUAGCACACUCUGGAAGAGAAGCCCCAAUCAAAGUAUUUAGAACUGUUCUCAAGUGAAAACUGAUGGAGUCAUCCAUUUGGCAGAAAUUCAUCCUACCGUUAGUCUAGUGUUUCAGCAUGACAUCACACACACUUACCCAUUACUAAAAAUAAACCAAAGUUUAACAGAAUCAGCUAGAUUUCAACUUUAUUUAACAAGUAUUUUCUAAUUAUGCAUAAAAAUCUGCCUUACAGAAUUUCUUUAUAUAGAUAUUUUUGAGAAAACCUCUACAUGUUCAUGCAUAUAUUAGGGAUGAGCCUGAAAAUUUUAUUGCCUUUCUUUCGAUUGGAGAGGAAGAUAUUGAUUCCGGUUCUUCGCUCCAGUGCUUCUUUCUCCCUUCGCCCCUGAGAACUAGGGAAUAGAGCAAUAGAACUGUUCAGAGGAAGAAAAGGGAUUUCUUUACACAGGAGGCAGUAGGAAACUUUGGAAAGGUCAAUUGUUUUCUCUCCCUUUCGACCCCUUUUCCCAUUCUACUUUGGUGGUUGAAGUAAAGCAAAUUUCUGUGCCUGCAAGUGUAUGUGAGUAUGUGUGCACAUGUGAGCGUGCCUAUGUGUGCAUGUACAUGUAUGUGCACAUGGGUGUGUGUGUUUAUAUCUCUUCAUGUAGUAAUUCCAUACCCCAGUAACAAGGCAAACCUCUCUGUCAUCAUCAUACUUACUUACCUUAUAUUAUUAACACAUUUCAGUGAUGCUGCCAAAACAACGCUACCAGAUAAAGAAGCUCAGCAUUGUUUUAAAUGUGUAAGAGAGCAGAAGUUAUACUUAACCUGUCUAUUCUCUUACAAUGUGCAUUCGUAAUAAUUGGUGUAAGUUCUCUGGAGUGUAAUUUCAAGAUUAAUUCAUGCAGAUGAUUGUGAUUGCUGUAAAAGAUUGCUUGUAUGUAUAUUUCUUAUGUAGAAAAUUCUGUUUCUCCAAAGCACAUUAUAAACAUUCAGAGAAAAGAACAAAUGGCUGACUUGGCAAGCCACCUUCUGAGAUAAUGUAAACAAGUGACCAGUAGCUCACAGAAUCUUUAUACAGAUGUAUAGUAAUUUAAACUGUUGCCUUUCACUCUAGUGCAUUCUUACUUGGGUAUUAUACUUUAAAAUACUCUGGAGCUGCUAUUAAGUAGAGAAAUCAGAAGGUAAAAAUGUCUGAGUCUUUUUCCAUCUUUUCUUAAGUGAAACUACACACAUGAACACACAAUACACACUUAAGAACAUACCACUUUCACACACUUUUUUAAAAAACGAUAACCACAAAAUUUACGUUCUACUAUUUGAUGUAAAUAACUACUGUAGGCAUUUUUGACUUUACAAAGUAUUUUCUGAAAUAUUGUGGUAUGGCUUCUUUGACGUUUUGUGUUUUGUUUUUAUAUCUUUUCAGGCUGUAGAAAAUUGAUGUUGAAAUGUAAACUUUGCCUGAAAUUUGGGGCAUUUGCCCUGCCAUAUUAUCUAACUGGUCAAGGUUGAAAUAGUUACAUGUAUCACCUUUUCCAGAUGUGAACUUGCCUUAUUUUCUAGUUUGUAAACAAGAAUGAAUGAAGUACUAUUAUUGAUAAAUUAUAUAUUUGUAUUUAAAUGCAUUCCACAUGCUUUUCACAAGCAUUAGAAAACCUUUCGAGGGACACAUAAUUAACUUACAUGGCUUACAAUAGUCCUGUUCCAGCUACUUGCACUUUUUGUUUUAGGUUGAAAGGUAUCAUCCAAAAAGUUACAUAGUGCCAUUCUUAAAACCAAAUUAGGCUGAAGUAUUUUAUUUAUUUUUUGUUUAUUUCUGCCACAGAUGAGAAACACCAUUUCUACAACUUUUUUCUCUAGAAUGUUACAGAAACAAGAUAGCUGGUUAGAAUAGUUUCUUUUGGCUACUGUAAUGCUUGACCAUAAAUCUGAUGGUUUAAGUAAGACCACAGCAAUGUAUUCUCCCAUGGUCCUGGAGGCUAGAAUCUUGACAUGUGGGCAUCAGACCAUUCAUGCUACCUCCAGCAACUACAGCAGAGGCCCCUUCUUUGCCCUGCUCAUCUUCAGAUGGCCAAAGGCAUUAUAUGGCUUAUGACCACAUUUUUUCUCUGUUCCUCUUCAUAUCAUCUUGUCCUCUGUGUAUCUGGUCUCUCUCUUCCUCUCUUAUAAGGAUUCUGAUGUUGGCGUUUAGAGACCACCAUGCUAAAACAGGAUAAUCCCCUCACCACAGACCUUGAACUUUAUGAUCUCUCUCUGACUCUUCUUCCAAACAUGCUAACAUUCUUAUCUGGCCUGUCUGCCAACAGAUCCCCCAAAUUUAUGUUUGUCCCAUAUGUAAAGUGCAUUUACCCAAUCUCAGCAUUCCCUAGACUUAAUCCUAAUUUUCAUCCAAAUUUCUUCUAGUCCAAUAAUCUAGAUUGUCUAAUGAAGUAUGAGUGAUAUGCCCAAUCUUGAAACAAUAUCCUUUUUCUACCUGGGACUCAAUGACAAAACAAAUAAAAAUGAGCUAUUUUCUUCUAAAAUAGCACUGGGUAAGGCAUGAACUAAUAACAAAGACACUCCUGCUCCAAAAGGGAAAGAACAGAAAGUAGAUAGGAGUCAACUGCCCCAACAGUUCUCAAAGAAGCCAGCCUAACAAGUUGUCCAUUGGUGUUAAGGCAUGGCAAUGGCUUUCUGUCUGAUAACACUCUUAGGAACUGCAGCUCUUUUCUCUUGGAUAUAGGACUAGACCUCUGUUCCAGGGCUCAGGUCUCUGCCUUUGUACCCAUAGCUGGUCUUGUCAUCGGGGUACUCCUUUUAUAACUUGAAAGUGAUGACAUUUUUGCAGAUGAAUAACUGUAUUAGCUUGUUCUCUGCCCGUGGUGAUCUAUCUGGCAGCCUUCUCUCAUUUCCUACCUGUCCUCCUCAAGCCAAGCCAGUAGUAUUCUGAUAAUUAUUAUACUCUCAAAAAGCAUGUGGGACUUCUAUGUAGGUCAUGUCAACCCAUACCUUUAGAAAGGGGUGACCUCACAGUUCUUUCCUAGAUAGCUAGCUUCAGCUCCGUGUGUGGCUUUCUCUGAGAUAGUUGAAUGAAUCCAAGAAUGUGUUCCUGAUCCAUUCAGUGACAUCCUUUAAAAGCUGGUAGGACAUACCUUCAUCUUCACGCCACAGCAGUCCUCACACAGAAUUUCCUCAUUUUACCAUCUUUAAGAGUAACAAACUUUACCAAAUUAAGUGCUAUUUCCUUAUUGACACACAAUUCUUUCUUGAAUUGCCUCUUCUUUCAUUUCCUUCUAUUUAGAUUUUUUUGUAAAUUUUAAGGACAAAAAUUAUGAUAUUUUCAUGCAUAUUUUCUUUUUCUGUUGACCCUUCUCCCCAACUUCUAUCCUCCUGCCCCUCACUUCCACCACUACCCCAGGGUACAAACCCAUCAGUAACUUCCAUUUCACUUUCAUGUCUCAUAUAGUAUCCUCUGUUUUCCUCCCCACUCCCUUAAAACUUCUGCCCUGCCCCCAGCAGGAAUGAAUUAGCUCAUACCUCCAACACUUAGCUUGCCAAGCUCCUCACCUAAAUACCCAACUUUAUCACUUACAAGAUCAAGAUUGGCUUUCCACAAAACUAUUGGAGACAAUUCACAUAAGUUGUUGUUUUGUUUGUUUUCUGAUUUGCUGCUAUAUAACAACUGCCUUUCUUCUGGUUCCCAAAACAAUAUUCAUUUCCUGUUGUGUUCUCACCAGAAAUACCUUUAACAUCCACAUUCCCAUCAGUGGUUUGGCUCACGCAAUCUAUAGUUUCUCUAAUAAGUUCGUCAUCAAAACUUGUUCUAACUUCUGCCCAGUCUCCAAUCCCAAAGCCACUUUAACAUCUGUAGGUAUCUGUCAUAUCAAUACCCCAUCUCAUACUAAAAUUCCUAUUAGAGUCCUAUGGUUACUGUAACAGAUUCCCACAAACACAGUGGGAUAAAAAAGUAGAUUUCCUGUUCUGUAGUCUUUUUAAGGCCACAAAUCCAAAACCAAGUUAUUGGCAGGACAGCACUCCUCUGCAGGCUCUAGUAGAAAAUCCACUCUUUGUCUGUCUUGUAUGAUUUUUUAAAUUAUUUCUUGGAUUGUGGCUUCAUCCCACUUUGCUCUGUCUUUUGAAAUCUUCCCCUCUGUAUAUAUAAUCUACCUCUGUCUCUCUCUUGUAGGAUAAUUUUGAUAAACCAUCCAGAUUAUCUAUGACAACAUCCUCACACAGCCUAAAUUUAGUUACACCUGCCCAUACCUGCUUAACCAAUAUAACAACAUCUCAAAUUCUGAUGAUUAGCACAUGACCAAACAUGUCUUUUUUGUGGGGGACCUAAUUCAACCACUAUAGUAGUCAUUGCAAAUAAAUGUACUUUAUACCUUUUAAAAUGCAUCCUUGGUGCCCAAGCCAAAUUUAUUAAAAGCUAAUGUCUGCACAGGAUACUGCAUGCUUUGUUAUUAUAUAGACAAAAGGCUAUUCUAAAUUUUGGUUGAUGCUUUUGCCACUGUAGUCAAUUAGCUGAAAAAAAUUCAUGGAUCUCUGCUCUAGUGUAUCUGUUCUACCCUUUUUAUGAAGUCUUUGUUCAGAUGUCUUCUAUGAUGCAUAAUGCAGGCACAAAACUACCUCUGAUACAGAAGGGUUCUUUACAAGCUUCCUUUAUAUAUUGCAAAUCCCUCUGCUGAAGGGAAAGGUAAAAGCAAAGACUGUAUUGAAUGGGUAUUGAGGGAGAUUGUGUCCAUAGCAAGCCACCUUAAAGAAAUAGUUCAAGUAGCAAAAAAAAUCUGUCAAUUUGUGCUCUCGUUUCACCUCGGAAUAAACACCUGUAUCUGUGCUGGACCAAUAAUGACUUGCAAUUUCUAUAUAAUGCCUACUAAUUCAAUAAAGCUCAGAUUUGCAUUAAA